CACAUGUUGUUUGAAAAACUAUUACUAUAAACAACUCACUGUAGAAAAACUCUUACUCAAAGAAACUCUCUUACUCACAAAACUCUAGUGGCAGAAAAGAAAAAUCUUUUUCUUGGUUUUUUCUUAAGCGGACUCCUCAUUUAUUAAAUAGAGAUGAUUAUCAAGAUUUUGCGAUCUGCUGCCGAAUUUAUUCCAAUUCCAAGAGCUCCUACCGAUUUGCUCGUUCAUACAAAGAAAAGUUGUGUUUUUGCCCCUGUUGUUUGUUGCUGAAGUGGAGAGCAUUUUCUUCAUUUCUGUGCUUUAAUCUUUCACCCUUUUACCAUUUCAAAUUCAAGAAUCCUUUUUUUUUUCCGCUUUUGAGAAAGCAUAAACACUGAUUCUUUCAAUCUGAAAUUGAAAACUGAGGCUUAAAGAUUUGAUUUUGACAUCUGGGGUUGUCUUUUUUGCAACAAAAACAGACAAAAAUGGAGUUGUUGGGCUCUCAAGGAAUGGAAAAACUCAUGUUUUCAAGAACCCUGAUUUUGUUCUUGAUGGCAUUUGUUUUCUCUUGUUUUCUCUUGCCGACGAACUUUGCUUUAUCCGACGAGUCACAAAGUUAUGCAGUUCCUCCACAAGAGCCUCAGUCUAAAAAUGGUAAGCGGGGACUUUCACUUUCUUCCAUUGAGAUUGUUGUUGUAGUAUCUGCAAGUGCAAUUAUUUUUGGUUUUGCUAGCCUUGUUGCCUUCUGUAUGCACGUAAAAAAGCGGACAGCAAAGCCUAGAAUUGAGGCGGCCUCUGAAUCACCUGCAAGAAGCGAUGUUACAGUUUUCAACGACGUAGGAGUAGUUUUGACAUAUGAAAAAAUCUUCCAGGCUACAAGACACUUUAGCUGGAGCAACUGCAUUGGAAAUGGUGGAUUUGGUUCCACAUACAAAGCUGAACUUUCCUCCGGAAUUAUACUUGCAGUAAAGAGGCUCUUAGUUGAAAGAUGUCAAGGACUUCCCCAGUUCCAUGCUGAGAUUAAUUGCCUUAAAAGCAUAAGUCAUCCAAAUCUCAUUACUCUGAUUGGAUACUUUGCAAGUGAGGCCGACAUGUUCCUGAUUUAUAAUUAUCUUCCAGGAGGUAACCUGGAGAAAUUUAUACAGGAUAGAACCAAUAGAGUCUUUAACUUUGACGUGCUACACAAGAUUGCCCUAGACAUUGCUCUAGCAAUCGCCUAUCUCCAUGAUCAAUGUGUCCCGCGUAUUGUCCACCGUGAUGUCAAGCCAAGUAAUAUAUUGCUGGACAAUGACCUCACCGCUUAUCUGUCGGAUUUUGGGUUGUCAAGGAUCAUGGGAACGGAAACCUGCACAAAAACAAAGGUAGCAGGAACGUUUGGGUACGUAGCACCGGAAUAUGCUCUGACAAGUCGCGUGUCUGACAAGGCCGAUGUUUACAGCUAUGGUAUCGUGCUGCUCGAGUUGCUCUCGGACAAGCGAGCUUUAGAUCCUUCAUUUUCCGUGCAUGAGAACGGAUUUAACAUUGUUUCAUGGGCAAGCAUGUUGUUGCGCGAUGACCAGAUACCGGACAUUUUCUAUACCAGUUUAUGGGAGGCAGGUCCCGAGGAGAAGCUGGUGGACAUGUUGCAUUUGGCUCUAAUGUGUACUACGGAAUCCCUUUGUGCUAGGCCAAGGAUGAGUCAAGUUGUUGGGCAAUUGAAGGAAAUUGUAGCUCUUGUGCCUUAAGGCAGUAGAGAUUCUGACUUCAUCCAUCAAAGAAUUAGUGAAAGUAACUUAAGAGUACUCUUAGUUUUGCUUUGCUUUGCUUUAUGGUUAGAUUUUAACUAAAGUUUGGCUCACCGGUUUCGUGUAGCCAUUUUCCCCUGCUAAUGUAUAUUCUGAUGGAUGAAUGAUAAUGCUAUAUUUCACAUAUCAAUACCAUGAUAUGAGAGAUCAUUA